UUACCCUGUCCAGAAUGUUGGAAAAAUGUAAGAACAAGGAAUGAGCAAACAUUUUCCAUCCAACCUGGCAGAGUUAAUAUCAUUCUUAUAAAAAGGAGGAACACUUGAACAUUAUAAUAGAUUUUUCCCUAUAUUUCUCCCUAUACUAAAGACAACCUUUAAUCUGUAAGUAGUUUCUAUCACGCAAUUCUGAACUGUUUAGAGGCAAGAUUUUAAGAUUAAUGUCAGACUACUGAUGUGUUGCAUACUUUUCAGGAUCCUUAACUUCGCCAUAAUCCACAAUCCCUCCCACACAGGGACUGAUGUCUGCCAGGCAGUAUGUCUUUCCAUCUGGGUUCUUUUCCUUAAUAGCAGCUGCCUAUAACUAACAAGUGCAUCAUGAACUCUUCCUCAUGGAGUGACUGAAAAACAAAACAAGUGCAAAAACAGAAAGUGCAAGAAAUCUGGGCCAGACACUCCGUUGGGAAUAAAGCUGAGUAGCCAUGCUCCAGAAGAUUUUUCAGAGUCUAGAUUAACUUUAGUUUUAGCUGCUCCCCCUACUGGAAUUUUAGAAAUGCUGAUACUUUCUGCUAUAUUUUACUCUUUCCAAAAGUAUGGGGGGACCUUUAAAGGUAUCUAGUCCUAAUUACCCUAAGCCAGACCAAAAAGAAGCUGCAGAAGCAGCCCUUAUCCCACCUUUCCUGUCAAGCUGUGACUGAAGGUAGCAUCAUGUUUCCUUAAACCCUAGGACUAUUGCAGUUGCCAGGCAACAUAGCAACACCUGUCUUUCUGGAGUAAAAGAUGCAGUUACCAGGGCAACAACAUCCUGUCUUUCUGAAUACCAUCCUGUAAUGGAGAAACGGCAGUUUCCAUAGUAACCUUUUUGACCUAGUUAAUUCUUAUUUGUAUGAUUUAAUUUUGUUUUAAUAUUGACAUUCGUUGGUUUGUUGUUUCCAAAAGCCUUCUCCUUCAAGCCAUCUCUUUUCCAGCUCAGGAUGCAGCUUCCCCACUCACAGACUCAGGGCGUAAGAGAGCUGCAGAAGUGGCAGGCAAAGCAGGUGUUUGGGAAAUAGUUGCCCAGGCAACAGAACCAGGGCGUUCCGGAGGUGGUUGCUAUGGAAAACUGGAUGCUGACGAAGGCUUGGGAGACUGAGAAGACAAAUUGCCCUCAUCAUUAUCUCCAGGCUUGUCAAUCAUACAUAUUCGCUUAUUUACCUCCGAGAGGCAAACAGCACUAGGAGCGAAGAGGAAAAGGAGAACGUGUGUGCCAAAGGCAGGAAAGGUGCCAGAGUAAAACUUCACGCCAGGAGAGCCUGUCACCAUCCAGGAUGGCAACUAUCACCUGCAACCGGUUUACAGAAGAAUAUCAGCUCUUUGAAGAGCUGGGGAAAGGCGCUUUCUCGAUUGUCAGGAGGUGUGUGAAAGUGCUGUCAGGACAAGAAUAUGCUGCCAAGAUCAUAAACACCAAAAAGCUUUCAGCUCGCGAUCAUCAGAAGCUAGAACGAGAGGCUCGGAUCUGCCGCCUUCUGAAACAUCCUAACAUAGUGAGACUCCAUGACAGCAUAUCAGAAGAGGCACACCACUAUUUGAUAUUUGACCUUGUAACUGGGGGGGAGCUGUUUGAAGACAUUGUCGCCAGAGAAUACUAUAGUGAAGCAGAUGCCAGCCACUGUAUUCAGCAGAUCCUGGAAGCUGUCUUGCACUGUCAUCAGAUGGGUGUGGUGCAUCGUGAUUUAAAGCCAGAGAACCUCUUGCUGGCCUCCAAACUGAAGGGAGCUGCUGUUAAACUAGCUGACUUUGGUCUUGCUAUUGAAGUGGAAGGAGAACAGCAGGCUUGGUUUGGUUUUGCAGGCACUCCAGGUUAUCUUUCUCCUGAAGUGCUCCGGAAGGAUCCCUAUGGCAAAGCUGUUGACCUUUGGGCAUGUGGAGUUAUUCUCUAUAUUCUGCUGGUUGGCUAUCCUCCUUUCUGGGAUGAGGAUCAACACCGAUUGUAUCAGCAGAUCAAAGCUGGAGCCUAUGAUUUUCCUUCCCCUGAGUGGGAUACUGUGACUCCUGAAGCAAAGGACCUCAUCAAUAAAAUGUUGACAAUCAACCCAUCCAAACGUAUCACAGCAGCAGAAGCUCUGAAGCAUCCAUGGAUAUCACACCGUUCCACUGUGGCUUCUUGCAUGCACAGACAGGAGACUGUUGAUUGCUUGAAGAAAUUCAAUGCCAGAAGAAAGCUAAAGGGUGCAAUCCUCACUACGAUGCUCGCAACCCGUAAUUUUUCUGGAGGGAAAAGUGGUGGCAACAAGAAGAAUGAUGGUGUGAAGGAAUCUUCAGAGAGUACAAAUACCACCAUUGAAGAUGAAGAUACUAAAGUACGGAAACAGGAAAUAAUUAAGGUGACAGAGCAGCUGAUUGAAGCAAUAAGUAACGGGGACUUUGAAUCCUACACAAAAAUGUGUGAUCCUGGAAUGACUGCAUUUGAACCAGAAGCUCUAGGGAAUCUGGUAGAAGGGCUGGAUUUCCAUCGAUUCUACUUUGAAAACUUGUGGUCCAGGAACAGCAAGCCAGUGCACACAACCAUUCUGAACCCGCAUAUCCACUUAAUGGGAGAUGAGUCUGCCUGCAUUGCUUAUAUUCGCAUCACACAGUAUGUUGAUACAAGUGGGAUCCCUCGCACUGCCCAGUCAGAGGAGACUCGAAUCUGGCACCGCCGGGAUGGCAAAUGGCAAAUUGUUCACUUCCACAGAUCCGGAGCACCUUCGGUUUUACCACAGUACAAUAUGACCCUUUCCAUGCAAAGUAGAGCUGCGCCUAUUCAUUUGGCCGCUAUAGACGGCUGAAGCACCUGCCCCGCAGGCCAAGUUUCUCACUGCCUCACCACAAAAGGAAGAUACUUGCUAUCCUUUAUCUGGGGAACUUGGCAGCUGGCUCACCUAUUUGUUUCUUGCUGGAAUUCCUUUCACCCACAAAACUCCUUACCAAAAUAAACUGAGUAUUUAAUAGACUUUUCUCCUCCUGUUUCGCCUGCUUCAUGUUUGCUAUUCUGUGCCAUUCUAGUAGAAGACGGCAUAUGUUAUGGCCCUGUUGCAGGAAAUCGUUUUCUGUACACAAGAAGAAACCAAUCUGGAAGAGGCUGAGAUAAAACCUUCAUCAAAUGUCCACUGUCAAAAAACAGUCUCAGAAGUCAGGAGUUUUUUUCCACAGGGAUGGGAUUGGUUGUAACACUACUCCCCCUAAGUCUUAUAGGGGAGGAGAAGAAAAGAGGGUGUUGAUAAAUUGUAAUUACCAUGUCCCAGGGGAAAUUAUAAGGCCACCUGAUACCAAGGAGUCGAUAACCAAUAAUGUUCUUGGUUUAUCACGACCAUUCAGCAUUUAUUUAUUUAUUUAUUUAUUUGUGUGUUUAAUUGAACUUAUACACUGCCACAAUCUGACAACUCCCCACAACCUGCAGAGC